AAAAUUCGUAUUUUUCUGGAUGACUUUGUUGCCGGCGAUUGGUCGCGAGCUCUCGAAUCCACCGUCCGAUGGGAUUUCUAAUCUUCGAUUUUCCAAUAGCAGCGAUCAUUUACUAGUCUCUUCAUGGGAUAAGAGUGUAAGAUUGUAUGAUGCGAACGCCGAUUUGAUGAGAGGGGAGUUCAAACAUGGUGGAGCGGUACUCGAUUGCUGCUUCCAUGAUGAUUCUUCUGGAUUCAGUGUUUGCGCCGAUACUAAAGUCCGACGAAUUGACUUCAAUGCUGGCAAAGAGGACGUUUUGGGGACGCAUGAUAAACCUGUUCGAUGUGUUGAGUAUUCUUAUGCUGCAGGGCAAGUGAUCACUGGAAGUUGGGAUAGAACUAUUAAAUGUUGGGAUCCAAGAGGUGCUAGUGGGACGGAGCACACACAGAUUGGAACAUAUCAGCAACCUGAGCGUGUUAACUCUCUUUCUUUAGUUGGAAAUCGUUUGGUGGUCGCAACAGCAGGAAGGCAUGUCAACAUUUAUGAUCUCAGAAAUAUGUCUCAGCCUGAGCAAAGAAGAGAGUCUUCACUUAAAUACCAGACAAGAUGUGUGCGUUGUUAUCCCAACGGAACAGGAUAUGCCCUUAGCUCUGUUGAAGGGAGGGUGUCAAUGGAGUUCUUUGAUCUAUCAGAAGCUGCUCAAGCUAAAAAAUAUGCUUUCAAAUGUCACCGGAAAUCAGAGGAUGGAAGGGACAUUGUCUACCCUGUAAAUGCAAUUGCUUUCCAUCCGAUUUAUGGCACUUUUGCUUCUGGAGGUUGUGAUGGUUUCGUCAACAUUUGGGAUGGUAACAACAAGAAGAGGCUAUAUCAGUACUCUAAGUAUCCAACAAGUAUUGCGGCGCUGUCAUUCAGCCGAGAUGGUGGAUUACUGGCUGUUGCUUCUAGUUACACGUUUGAAGAGGGAGACAAACCGCAUGAACCAGAUGCCAUCUUUGUUCGAAGUGUUAAUGAAAUCGAAGUGAAACCAAAACCCAAAGUAUACCCAAAUCCUCCGGUAUAGACUAGUCAGGAUUAAUGAAAUGAGCAGAGUUAAACUCGAUUUGUGUUGUAUUGUUGCUACGAUGGUUGCCCAAAAAAAAUUGUAGCACUUUAAAGUGAGUUUUAAGAUCUUAUUUUGGCUGUAAAGUGAAUAGUGAACACUACAAUGGCUUUCGAAUCUGAGGUUGUGUUCCUUGGUUUUGAGUAAAGUCCAUUUUUUUCU